AUGGCAACUGAACAAUCCAAAAUGAAAGCCUGGCUCUACAGUGACACAACGGGUGGCCUUGAAAACAACCUCAGCUUCACCUCGGAAGCCCGCACCCCACCCGCACUCCGCAACGACGAUGUCCUAAUUACAGUCCUCUCAGCCUCCCUCAACCCAGCCGACUACAAACUCCCAGAAAUGGGCCUAUUGAUGCGGAAGCUGGUUAUCGGCACUCCCGCCUCCCCGGGAAUGGAUUUCUGCGGCCGCGUAGUCGCAACAGGACCCGACGCGACGAAUUUCUCACCGGACCAGCUAGUCUACGGAAAUCUGGGCAAGCCCUGCCAAUUCGGGACCCUAGGCGAGCUUAUAGUGGCGUCAGCUAGCUUGCUGGUUCAUCUACCGGAAGGCGUGGAGGUUGAUCAUGCUGCUACACUCGGCGUUACCGGGCAGACGGCGUACCAGUCAUUGAAGGGGUAUGUCAGUGCCAAUGAUAAGGUCUUUAUUAAUGGUGGGUCUGGUGGAUGUGGGAUCUUUGCUAUUCAGAUUGCGAAGGUGAUGGGGUGUCAUGUUACGACUACUUGCUCGGCGAAGAAUGUUGAAUUUUGUCGGGGGCUUGGUGCUGAUGAGGUUAUUGAUUAUACCGCCGAAGAGGAUCUCGUUGCAUCGCUGUGUGAGAGGGGUGUCGUGUUUGAUCAUAUUGUUGAUCAUAUUGGAUACCCUGCUGCGUUGUAUCACCAGUCCCAUCAUUACUUAGCGCCCGGGAAGACGUUUGUGCAGGUUGGGGCUCCUGGUGUGGGGACCUUUGCUGGACGGAUGCUUUUGCCUGGUUUCCUGGGUGGGGGGAAGAGGAAGUAUGUAGUUUUCGUCACUAAAAACAGCAGGGAAGAUCUUGUUCAGCUUGGGGAGUGGGUUCAGAAGGGGGCUAUCAAGGUUCAGCUGGAUACGGCUUAUGAGCUUGAGGAUGCUGUGAAAGCAUUCAAGCAGCUGCGGUCUGGCCGGGCUAGGGGAAAGAUUAUUGUUCAUGUUGCUAAGUCUUGA